AUGUUUAUCAGCACACUUUCGACUAUGCUAUUAUUGCUCUUGAGCAAUUAAUCAGAAGGUUAAAAAGUUAGUAGUAUAUUUUAGCUAUGAUGGAUGCAACAAUGGAUUCAACAACCGACGCAGUUAUUAUUCUUGCUGUCUCUACAAUUUUGGGGAAAGAAAACUCCACUCCUAUAGGUUCCAUGGUGGGAGGCACAACAUUAUACAUGAAAGUAAUAAUAUCAUAUAACAAUAUUAGGUAUAAGGAUUAGAUUAAACAGCUAGUAAUAAUGCUGUAUAUAUUGGAAAGUAUCCUUGUGUUAUUUCUGAUAAGGGAGUCAACGGAUUGUUCAUGAACUGCAAAACAACAAAACCAGAUCCAGAUGACAAUAACUUAUCUAACUUAGAAAUUGUUGUUAAGGUAUCAGGUAAACCAGACUCUGUUUGUACAUUUAGUAGUGCAUAAUGCCAUUUCACAUACUCUUAACAUUAUACACCAAAAUUAUUUUAUGUGAGUCCAAGAUCAAAUUAUCCAAGAACACUAAGUUAUUGGAGAGCUAAGUGGGCAGUCUCUAGCUCAGUUGUUUAAUAAUUAGAAGGACAAUUUAUGGGAGCUAAUAGAUGUGACAGAUUUACAGUUUAAGAUUUGUAUCCAGAUGAAAUUAAUUUCUGGGAUGAUCAAGUUGUAUGCUAAGUUUCAGCUGAAAUCUAAGCAGGAUAUUAUGAUUAUACUAUUAAAUCAUAAAGUGGAUAUCAAACUAAUGAUGUAGGAGUUAAAUAAAAAAAAGUUUAUUCUGACAGAACAUACGACUCAAAGUAAUUAUAUAAUUUAUUAUUUUUAGAGUUCUUCCAUUAAUUACAGAAAUUAAUACUAAUUUUGCAUCACCAGAAGGAUAAAUCUUAUAAAUUUCAGGAUAUGGAUUUAGUCCUAUUGCAUCUGAGAAUACAGUUAAAAUUUCAGGUUAAUCUGAAACUAUUUAAGUAUUAUCAUCAACACCUACAACUAUUAAUGCUAAAAUACCAAAAUUAAGUAAUUUACCAACUAUUGCUGAUGCUACUGAAAGUUCUGUUUAUAUUUAAGGAAGUGGAUUACAUUAUACUAGAUGGGAUAUUUCAGGUUUAAAUUUAAAUUGUGCUACCUUUAGAACUUAAAUUAUUACUAAUUAAGCUUAAUUAGAUAGUAGAAUUUAAUUUAAUGGAAUUUAUCCAGAACCAGAUGUAUAAAAUUAAUUUGGAGAAUAUUAUGGAUAAUAUUUUAGAGGUUUCUUAAAAGCACCAUUUACUGGAAAUUAUAGAUUUUAUGUUGCUUCAGAUGAUUGUGCAUAAUUCUUUAUUUAAACAACUGAAAUUAAAAAACCAAUUAGACCAGAUACAGCAACAGCUUAUAGUGGUUGGAAUCCAUAUAGAAAUUAUUGGUAUGAAUAUUUGACUUAUUCUAACACUAUCAAAUCUAUAUCUGAAACUGUAUCUUUAUAAGAAGGAGAAUAUUAUUAUAUUGAAGCUUAUCAUCUUAAUGGUGGAUCAAGUGGUUAUCUUACUCUUUCUAUGGAAGUUGAAAGUGCUACUAGAAAAUCUAAUUCAUUGAAUAGUAUCUAUGAAAUUUCAACAUCUUAUACACCAGUUAAAGAAAUCAUUGAAUUUACUUUAUAUAAUUCAGUUGGAAAUACUUUAUUAGCAGGUAAGUAUUAACUUUAAUUUACUUAUGGUACAAAAACAACACCAUAAACUAGUUUAUAUUAUUCUUAUACUACUGGAGAUAUUACAGCAAGUGCUUCUGCAAAUGCUAUUAAAAAUGCAAUUUAAAGUUGUGGUGGAAGUUAUUUAGUAACUGUUACUGCUACAAAAUUAGAUAAUACUGGAGCUGCUUUAGAUGAUGCUGAAACAACCUUUGCUGGAUACAAAUAUACUAUUACAUUUGAUUCUCAUAGAGGUACUACUCAAUAUAGAGCACUUCCUAAGAUAGUUUCAUCAACACUUAAUGGAGGAACUGUUGUCUAAAAUAUAGAAAGAACUUAAGAACCUCUUGAUCCAAUUAGUGGAACCUUUUAAUUAACAAUGACAAUUAAUGGAAUAGAUAAUUUAUUCUAAGUAUCUUCAAAUGUUUAUGAUUUACCUUUUGAUGCUUCAUCAUCAUUAAUUGCUGAUAAUGUUGAAAGACUUACUGGAUAAAGACCUUUUGUUUGGACUGUUGGAAGACCAUAAGAUGGAUAAAAAUGGUAUAUUAUAUUUAGGUCAAAUGUUGAUCUAUUAACUGAUUUUUCAGUUUCAAGUAGUCUUCUUGUUUCAGGAAAUGGAGAUGUAACUGCUGCUGUUACUAAACCAAUUCCAGAUAGUACUAAUUUAUUAUUUGAACCUAUACCAAAUGAAUUAUUAUUUACUUAUAGCUAACAUCCAUAAGUUCAAGUUCAAGUUUAAUACGAAAUAAAAGAAAAUAAUGUUGUUGUAGAAACUGAAUAAAUUUUAGCUGGUUGCGAAUAAGUAGAGGCAUGUGAUUUCACUUUAAGUGAUGAAAAGACUCCAACUUUAACAGCAUAUUCAGUUACAGGAUCUCAAUUAUCAUUAACUUUAUCAGAAGGAGUUGGAUUACCAAUAGCAUAAACAGACUUAGAAAUUUCAUUUGCUGGAGCUGAUUGUACAAACAUUUAAUUCUCAACUAAUACUUCACCAUAUUCUAUAACAUGUAGUUUAGAAUAAUUGGAUACAUAGAAUAUUAAAGAAGCUGGUGAUAAUUAAGUACCUGCUGUACAUCAUAAAGCUAUUGGUUUCUCUAAAAUUGAUGCUGGAGUAACAGGAGAAAGCAUUAAUUUGGUUAUAUCUUCAAUUUUACCAGCCACAGGAUCACCAGAUGGUGGUACUACUAUUACUGUUACUGGUACUGGUUUCCCUAAAAAUUUAAAUAGAGAUUUUACAUUCUAAAUUGAUGGCUAAGAUGUUCAUCCAUUAUCAAUAACUAAUACUNUUAUUCUAACACUAUCAAAUCUAUAUCUGAAACUGUAUCUUUAUAAGAAGGAGAAUAUUAUUAUAUUGAAGCUUAUCAUCUUAAUGGUGGAUCAAGUGGUUAUCUUACUCUUUCUAUGGAAGUUGAAAGUGCUACUAGAAAAUCUAAUUCAUUGAAUAGUAUCUAUGAAAUUUCAACAUCUUAUACACCAGUUAAAGAAAUCAUUGAAUUUACUUUAUAUAAUUCAGUUGGAAAUACUUUAUUAGCAGGUAAGUAUUAACUUUAAUUUACUUAUGGUACAAAAACAACACCAUAAACUAGUUUAUAUUAUUCUUAUACUACUGGAGAUAUUACAGCAAGUGCUUCUGCAAAUGCUAUUAAAAAUGCAAUUUAAAGUUGUGGUGGAAGUUAUUUAGUAACUGUUACUGCUACAAAAUUAGAUAAUACUGGAGCUGUUUUAGAUGAUGCUGCAACAACCUUUGCUGGAUACAAAUAUACUAUUACAUUUGAUUCUCAUAGAGGUACUACUCAAUAUAGAGCACUUCCUAAGAUAGUUUCAUCAACACUUAAUGGAGGAACUGUUGUCUAAAAUAUAGAAAGAACUUAAGAACCUCUUGAUCCAAUUAGUGGAACCUUUUAAUUAACAAUGACAAUUAAUGGAAUAGAUAAUUUAUUCUAAGUAUCUUCAAAUGUUUAUGAUUUACCUUUUGAUGCUUCAUCAUCAUUAAUUGCUGAUAAUGUUGAAAGACUUACUGGAUAAAGACCUUUUGUUUGGACUGUUGGAAGACCAUAAGAUGGAUAAAAAUGGUAUAUUAUAUUUAGGUCAAAUGUUGAUCUAUUAACUGAUUUUUCAGUUUCAAGUAGUCUUCUUGUUUCAGGAAAUGGAGAUGUAACUGCUGCUGUUACUAAACCAAUUCCAGAUAGUACUAAUUUAUUAUUUGAACCUAUACCAAAUGAAUUAUUAUUUACUUAUAGCUAACAUCCAUAAGUUCAAGUUCAAGUUUAAUACGAAAUAAAAGAAAAUAAUGUUGUUGUAGAAACUGAAUAAAUUUUAGCUGGUUGCGAAUAAGUAGAGGCAUGUGAUUUCACUUUAAGUGAUGAAAAGACUCCAACUUUAACAGCAUAUUCAGUUACAGGAUCUCAAUUAUCAUUAACUUUAUCAGAAGGAGUUGGAUUACCAAUAGCAUAAACAGACUUAGAAAUUUCAUUUGCUGGAGCUGAUUGUACAAACAUUUAAUUCUCAACUAAUACUUCACCAUAUUCUAUAACAUGUAGUUUAGAAUAAUUGGAUACAUAGAAUAUUAAAGAAGCUGGUGAUAAUUAAGUACCUGCUGUACAUCAUAAAGCUAUUGGUUUCUCUAAAAUUGAUGCUGGAGUAACAGGAGAAAGCAUUAAUUUGGUUAUAUCUUCAAUUUUACCAGCCACAGGAUCACCAGAUGGUGGUACUACUAUUACUGUUACUGGUACUGGUUUCCCUAAAAAUUUAAAUAGAGAUUUUACAUUCUAAAUUGAUGGCUAAGAUGUUCAUCCAUUAUCAAUAACUAAUACUUAAAUUGUUUUUGUUACUCCAAAGAAAGCAGUUGGAGGAACUGGAGCAAUUUCUUUAUCAUUCAAUGAAAAGACACUUGCUAGUAGUUUAUUUUCAUAUGAUGAUAAUUUAAGAAUAUAAGUUUAAUCUUUAGAAUUCAAUGCAAAAACACCAAUAUUCAAAGGAGAAAUGACAAUUACAGGAACUAAUUUUGGAACUGUUAUUGAUGAUGUUAAAGUUACUCUUGUAGGAACCAAAUCAUAUAAUGCAAAAGUUAUUUCUGUUACAGAUACUUCAAUCAAAGUUUAUUUAAGAGGAGGAAUGCCAGGUCAAUAUAGAGUUACUAUUACAAGAAAAGAUUAUGGUAAUUCUUAUGCUAAUGCUGAUGAUAACUUAUUUAAAUAUAUCAUUCCUAUUACAAGUGUUACCUUAGAAGAUGGCACUAGUUAGGCUAAAGGUUCAGAAGCUGGAGGAACAGUUAUUAAAAUAACAGGAUCUAAUUUUGUCUAAGGUGAAACUAUUGUAUUUGUUGGUGUAGCUAUUAAUUGGAUCUGUGAAAUUGAUGAAAGUAGAUUCACAAGUGAAGUCAUUUAUUGUACUGUUCCACCAAAAUUUGAAUACUACAGUUAAUAAGCCUAAUUAGUUGUUGUAACAUUAUAAGUCACACUUGAAUCAACAUGUCUUGAUACUACAAAUAAUUGCUUAUUUACUUAUGAUAGUACAUUAACACCAACUCUUGAUAAUUAUCCAGCUUCCUCUACUUAAUUUACAGGAUCUAGAAUUUUGACAGAAUCUGAUCAUUAAAAACCAGAUUAUCAAAAACUAGUUUAAAGAAAGAGAUUUUUAUGGACAGAAGAAUCAAAAAAACAAGGCCAUAAUCAUAUUUUAAAUCUUGGUAAAUCGCCAAGAAGAGAUAUGUUAACAUCUGCUGAUUUAGUUUUAAGUUAAUAAAAGACUUAUGCUCCAGGAGAUACAGAAACAUUAUCUGGAACAGGAUUAACAAAUACAGUUUCAGUAGUAUUCAAAGGUCCAAUUACAUAAACAGUAGCAGCAACUCUUUCUGGAACAUCAUUUACCUAUACAAUUCCAAAUUUACCUUAAGGAUAAUAUUCUACUUAUGUUUUAACUGAAAAUGGUUAUGCAGAUAAGAUUUGGGUAACUGUGAUUGGAUUAACCAUUACAUCUAUAGAUAAUGCUGUUAUUGGUGGAUAAAUAUUAACAAUUAAUGGAGCUGGAUUUAAUGCCGAUAAAUCUCCUACUAUAAAAAUCGGAACAACAUUUUGUACUGAAAUAGAAGUAGUCUCCACUAUCUAAAUUAAAUGUAGAAUGCCAAGAUAAUCAGUACUAUCUGCCACUGUAACCCUAUCCUAAUUACCUUCUGAAAAUAAUUCAGCAGUUCCUUUAACAGCUACAUAUACAUUAACAAUAACUCCUUCUUCUAGUUCUCCAACAUUCACAGCAAUUAGUGGUGCUACUUAUGAUACGACUCAAAAGGCUUAUUUAGCCACAGCAGGAAAUGUUGUUCUUGUAUUCACUGGUAUCAGACUUACUGGUACUACUAUUGUAGCUACAUUGGAACAUAUGGGUCAUAAGAUUGUUGGAACUACUUCUGCAUUAUCUGAUACUUCAGUAACAGCUACUUUUUCAAAUUUACCUGCAGGAGUUUACUCAAUUAAUUUAUUAAUUGAUACUAAUUAUGCUUAUAUUAGUGAUGUUACUAAAUAGAAAUUAAUUGUUAGCACAUCUCAACCAACUUCAAAUAAUCCAUCAGUAUCCUAUGCUGGUGGUGCUACUGUAACAUUUACAGGAACUGGUUUUGAUUCAGUCAAAGAUUAAAAUUCAGUCAAACUCUGUGGAUUUAACUGUCCUAUAACAAGUGCAACAUAUACAACACUAUCAUGUGAAGCUCCAAAAUUAUUGACAACAUCUGUUUUAAAUCAAUAUUCUGCCUUAUAAGAACCUGCAAGAUAUAUUAAACCAUCAGAAGUUACAUUAUUAGCUGAUACAGCAACAUCAGUUUCUAAUUUCUUUGAUUUACUAUAAUCAACUUAUUACACUUCUAGUGCAGCUUCAAAUUGUUAUAUUCAAGUUGACUUUGGAUCAAAUAGAGUUUUAAAAUUACAUUAAUUGAGAUAUAUUCCUAGAAUUGAUAAAUAAGCAAUUCAAUUGAAAGAUGCAGUAUUCUAAUAUACAACAGAUGGUACUACUUGGUAGACUUUAUUAACAGUUGAUUAAACUGUACAUACUGGUUGGAAUAUUUAUGUACCUCAAACUGAUAUCACAGGAAUUAAAGCAAUCAGAUUAUUUGAUUCAAGAGGUUCAAGUGGUUCAUCUUGUUAAUUAGCAGAAAUUGAAUUAAAAGGAUGGGUUUUAUCAAAUAGUAAUAAUGCAUACUCUAUUCCAACAUCAUGUAAUGCAGAAAUUUCAGUAAAUGGAUAAGCUAUUGGUACAGUAUCAAAUGCUGUUAGUUACUCAUCAACUAGUGUUCCAGUUGUUAACACUGUCAGUCCAGCUACAGGCAGAUUCACUGAAGAAGCAGUAAUUACAAUUACUGGUACUGGAUUUGUAAAUGCAUAAACUACAGUCACUAUUGAUGGAGUCACAUGUGUUAUAGAAAGUGUUACAGCAACUGAAAUUAAAUGUAAAACUGGAGUUAAAGAUCUAGAAUAAACUCAAUUAAAUGGAGUAUUUUAAGUUAGAGUUAAUGGAAACUUGGCAGUUAAUAAUCAAUAAUUCAUUUAUGCUACCAAAUGGUCAGAUAUUAAUACUUGGGGUGGAUAUGAAUAUCCAGGAAAUGGAGAUUCUGUUAUUGUUAAUGCUGGAUAAACUUUGAUUGUUGAUGUUAAAACACCUAAAUUGAUGUAAGUUUUAGUUGAAGGAACUCUCACAUUCUCUGAUGAAUUAGAUACAUCUAUGGAUGCUCAUUUUAUUGUUAUUAGAGAAGGUAAAUUCAACAUUGGUACAGAAUAGGUGGCUCAUUAACAUAAAGUAUAGAUUACUUUAUAUGGUGUUGAAGAAGAUGUAUAAAUGCCUGCUAUGGGUAAUAAAGUUUUAGGAUGUCAUUAAUGUUAAUUAACUAUUCAUGGAAAAGAGAGAACUCCAACAUGGACACUUUUAUCAAGCACUGCAUAAGCUGGAGCAACUCAAAUUACAGUAGAUGAUGCAGUAGACUGGUAAGUGGGAGAAUAAAUUGUUAUUACUUCCAGUGAAGUUGAACAUAUGCAAAGUGAAAAAAGAUACAUUACUGCUGUUAGUGCUGACAAAAAAACUUUGACUCUUGAUUAACCACUUACUCAUAAACAUUAUUCAGCUGUUGAAACUUAUGGAACAGAUUAAUUCCCUAUGAAAGUUGAAGUAGGUUUAUUAACUAGAAAUAUUGUUAUUCAAGGUGAAGAAUCAGAUUUGAAAUAUGGUUAUCAUUUAAUGAUUCAUGGAAGAGCAGAGAAAGGAGCAAUUGGUAAAAUAUCAUAUGCAGAAUUCAGAUAUGGUGGUUAACCAAGAAUUAUUGGUAGAUAUCCUGUUCAUUUCCACUUGAAUGGAGAAGUAGAUGAAUCAUAUGUUGUUGGUAAUGCUAUUCAUGAUUGUUAUGCUCGUUGUUUAACUAUUCAUGGUGUUCAUUAUUUGAAAGUUUAAAAAAAUGUUUGUUACAAUACUUUUGGACAUGCUAUAUUCUUUGAAGAUGGUAUUGAAACAAACAAUGUCGUAGAAGAUAACCUUGUUGCAAGUACUAAAUAAAGUUGGAUCAUGUUAUAAACAGAUAUUACUGUGGCUACUUUUUGGGUUACAAAUCCAUAAAAUAUAUUAAGAAGAAAUAGAUCAGGAGGUUCAGAGUGGUAUGGAUUUUGGUAUGAAAUUAAAGCAAAUCCAGAUGGUCCAUCAGCUACUUCAGAUAUUUGUCCUCCAGGAUUAAAUAUACUUGAGUUUAAGGAUAAUUGGGCACAUUCAAAUGGUAGAUUUGGUCUUCGUAUUUUCUAAAUGGCACCAAGAAAGUUCCCUUGUUUAGAUCCAGCAAAAUGGACUAAUGAUUAACCAUAUAUAGACAAUCCAAGUCUUUAAGCAGUUUUCGAAAAAUUCUAUACAUGGAAAAAUAAUGAGUGUGGUAUUUUAGGGGAAGAAUUGGGUAACAUUUACUUCAAAGAUAUAAUGAUUGCUGAUUCUAAAUUUGCUGGUUUCUAAGCUCACAAAGGUAAUUUCUCAACUGAAGGAGCUGUUUUAGAUAAUGCAUUAAUUAUUGGUAAAUCAAUUAACAAUGCAAAUCCUGAUGAUACUUAUUAUGAUGGAUCAAGAGCUAUGGUUGUACCAAGAACAAAUGGAUUUUUAGCUAAAAACAUCAGAAUUUAUAAUUAUGGAAGUAAUUCUGCUUUAAUUGAAUCAUGUUCUGUAUGUUGGACUCCAAAAUUAUGGGUAUAAGGAGGUAAAAAUACCUAAUUCUUGAAUGUCAAAGUAUUUAAUUCUGAUUCAGCUAAUCGUAUUUUCUGGUAGAAACAUAGAAGAGAAAUCUUUUGGGAUUAAGAUGGUACUAUAUCAGGAGUAACUGGAGGAGCAUAUAUUAUACCAUAUAAGAAACAUAUUGAUGGAAUUCCAGGAUGUGUUGUUCAUCCAGAAGCUUAUUGGGAUAAUUCUAUUAUUUGUGCAAUGAAUUAAGUUACUAUUAGAGAUGUUUUGAUUAAUAAUCCUACUCCAGAACAAGAUUUCACAGGAACUGAUANCAAUUGGUAAAAUAUCAUAUGCAGAAUUCAGAUAUGGUGGUUAACCAAGAAUUAUUGGUAGAUAUCCUGUUCAUUUCCACUUGAAUGGAGAAGUAGAUGAAUCAUAUGUUGUUGGUAAUGCUAUUCAUGAUUGUUAUGCUCGUUGUUUGACUAUUCAUGGUGUUCAUUAUUUGAAAGUUUAAAAAAAUGUUUGUUACAAUACUUUUGGACAUGCUAUUUUCUUUGAAGAUGGUAUUGAAACAAAUAAUGUUGUUGAAGAUAAUCUUGUUGCAAGUACUAAAUAAAGUUGGAUCAUGUUAUAAACAGAUAUUACUGUUGCUACUUAUUGGGUUACAAAUCCAUAAAAUAUUUUAAGAAGAAAUAGAUCAGGAGGUUCAGAAUGGUAUGGAUUUUGGUAUGAAAUUAAAACAAAUCCAGAUGGUCCAUCAGCUACUUCAGAUAUUUGUCCCCCAGGAUUAAAUAUUCUUGAGUUUAAGGAUAAUUGGGCACAUUCAAAUGGUAGAUUUGGUCUUCGUAUUUUCUAAAUGGCACCAAGAAAAUUCCCUUGUAUUGAUCCAGAAAAUUGGGAUAAUGAUUAACCAUUUAUUGACAAUCCAAGUCUUUAAGCAGUUUUUGAAAAAUUCUAUACUUGGAAAAAUAAUGAAUGUGGUAUUUUAGGAGAAGAAUUGGGUAACAUUUAUUUCAAGGAUAUUAUGAUUGCUGAUUCUAAAUUUGCUGGUUUCUAAGCUCACAAAGGUAAUUUCUCAGCUGAAGGAGCAGUUUUAGAUAAUGCUUUAAUUAUAGGUAAAUCAAUUAAUAAUGCAAAUCCUGAUGAUACUUAUUAUGAUGGAUCAAGAGCUAUGGUUGUACCAAGAACAAAUGGAUUUUUAGCUAAAAAUAUCAGAAUUUAUAAUUAUGGAAGUAAUUCUGCUUUAAUUGAAUCAUGUUCUGUAUGUUGGAAUGUUAAAUUAUGGGUAUAAGGAGGUAAAAACACUUAAUUCUUAAAUAUCAAAGUAUUUAACUCUGAUUCAGCUAAUCGUAUCUUUUGGUAGAAACAUAGAAGAGAAAUCUUUUGGGAUUAAGAUGGUUCUAUUUCAGGAGUGACUGGAGGAGCUUAUAUUAUACCAUAUAAGAAGCAUAUUGAUGGAAUUCCAGGAUGUGUUAAUCAUCCAGAAGAUUAUUGGGAUGAUUCUAUUAUUUGUGCUAUGAAUUAAGUUACAAUAAGGGAUGUUCUAGUCAAUAAUCCUACUCCUACUCAAGAUUUCACAGGAACUGAUAUGAAGCUCUUUAGAUUAGACAACACUAAUAUUGCACUCAAAAUGGAUGCUUCAAUUGAUGAAAGUAAAUAUAUAGAAGCUGAAACUAUGAAAAUUAUAAAGAAGAGUAAAGAUGUUAAAUAAUCAUAUGCAAGUAUAUUUGCAACUGGUUUCACUUAUAAUGUUCAUUUCAAAUUCGGAGCAAGUGAUCCAUUAAGUAUGGGUAUCUUUGCAUCCCCAUACUUUAAUUAAGCUGAUGAUGCUGUUAUUCUUAGAUUCAAUUAUUCAGCUAAUAGAGAAACAUUUGAUAUCAUGAGAAACAUAGGAGGAUAAUUCCCAGUUAAUUACACAAAAUUAGAAUAAAUUCCAGAUACUAAAACAUGUAAUUAAGGUGAUUGGUUUAAUGAUAGAACAAAUAAAUUAGUCUUCCUUUGUUUAUCUGGUAAGAAUAAGAAGUAAUAUGAAUAUAUUGAGUUCAGAGGAGUUAUUUGUAGAGAAGAAUGUGAUAGUUUGGGAGAUGUACCAUUAGAAGAUGGAUAUAGAUAUUGGAGCGAUCCUGCUACAUGGAUAGAUAACAAAGUACCAGUCGAAGGAGAUAGUCCUAUUGUUUAAGCAGCAUAUCAAGUUAUCUUAGAUGUUGAUCCACCUAAACUUGUUAAUUUAACUAUUUUGGGAUCACUUAUUUUUGAUGAGAGAAGAGCAUCCACUAAAUUAGAAGCAGAGAGAAUCUGGGUUAGAUCAGGUAAACUAUUAGCUGGUAAUUCAACUCAUCCAUUCCCUGGAAAGAUUAAUAUUGUAUUGAAUGGUGAAUUUGGAGAUAAUCCAUUAGUAAUUGAUGCUAAUUUAGAUGUUGGAAAUAAAGUACUUGCUGUUACUAGAGCUAUGGAAUUAUAUUCAACUCCACCUGGAACAGUAUGGACUAGAUUAGUUGUUUAUGCAGAUGCUGGUGCAACUACUGUUACUGUUGCUGAAUGUGCUGGAUGGGCUGUUGGUGAUGAGAUAGUAUUUGGUCCUUCAGGUAGUGAUCCAGAAUAAAGAGAAAAGAGAUCUAUUGCAUCUAUUUCUGGAUGUGUUAUAACUUUAAAUUAAGCUCUUGAAUUUGAUCAUUAUGGAGCUCCUUCUGUAACUAUUGAUAAGCCUGGAAUUGGCCAAUUAGAUAUGAGAGCUGUUGUUGGACAUUUAACUAGAAAGAUUAAGAUUGAAGGAGGACCUAGUAUUCAUGGUUUAGGAUGCAGAGUUUUAAUUUAUUAAUUUGAAGAACCUGAAGCUAAUUUAGGAUUCCCAAGAAGAGGAUACACUGUUUUACAUGGUGUUGAAUUUAAUAAUUGUGGUCAAUAUGAUACUUAAAGAAGUGGAUUAGAUUUUAGAAAUUUAAAUAGUGAUAUUAUUAAGACUCCAAGUGAAGUUAUUGGAUGUUCAUUCCAUGAUACUACAGGUAUGUUAAUGACAAUUUAAGAUUCAUAAUAUAUUACAAUUAAGAAUAAUAUAUUCUUUACUGGUAUCAAAGCUUUGGUGUAGAUUAAUAACAGUUAAUAUGUGAAAUUCUAGAAUAAUGCAUUGAUCUAUGUUAAAAAGAGGGUAUUAUAAGAUGGUGGUAUUGCAAAUUGGGCAGUAUUUGGUAACUUUGUUUUUAUGGAUGAAUUAACACCAACUUAAAUGACAAGGGAUAUUGUUGAUGUAUCUGGAAAUGUUGGAUAGGGUUCUUAAGAUACUGGUUUCUUUGUUAUGGCAAGUAAAUGCUCUGAUGCUUAUUAAUCAUCAUUCUAUAAUAAUCAUUGUUCAGGAAGCGUAUUAGCUUGUUUUGGUGUCAGAUAAGAUCCAGGAGGAAAAUGUACAUAUAUAUCAGGAUUAUCUGCAUAUCAUAGUGGAGUAGGUAUUAUGUAUGCAGUUUAUUCAGAAGAAUUACACUUAGAGAAUGCAUUAGUAGCUGAAAAUGAUGUAGGUAUUGUAUUAAGAGGUGCUCCUUAAAGCAUUUAAGAUAAUAAAAUGAAAUUUUCAAAUAGUUUUGUUAGUGCAUUUGUUAGACCAGAAUGUACUAAAUGUUAUUCAUCAACUUUAAAUCCUUAUUGCAGUUAUACUUAUGGUGUUAAGAUGGGUACAUUAUCUUCUUCAGCUUUUCCUCCUAUAUCAACUAAACCUUCAGAUAAUUUUGAUUCAAUUUGUACAAUUUAAAGAGUUGAUUUAAGAGUAUAUAUAAAUAAUGUUGAAUUCAAUAAUUUCAGAUUAACUCAUGACACUGUUUCAAAAUGUGGUAAAAAUGCUGUAUUUAAGACAAAUCAUAAGGCACAUGAUGCAACAGGAUAGCAUUAUUUGGUGAAUUCACCUUGUACAAACUGUGAAUUUGAUUCCAUUCUAUAUUAAAUGAGAGAUUCUGAUUGGUCUAAAUUAGGAUGGUUUGGAGGUUGUGGUUCAUUUGAAUGUACAGGUUAGAAAAAUGUAUUGAUUGAAGAUUAAACAGGUCAUUUCUUUGGAUAAAUAGGAUAAGCUAUAACAAAUAAUACAUAUUUUGGACCAAAUGUAACACAUUGUGUAAGAAAGAACACAUGGAAUGGAUAUUGGUGUCCAGAUAGAAAGAUUACUGUUUUAAAUUUUAUGAGUACUGCAGCUGAUUUUAAUAAAAGAUUAUAUUCACCAAUUAAAUUGACUGAUGGAUUAUUUUUCAAUGAGAUUAAUAGUUUCUUUGAAUGGAAUUGGGAUGGACCAGAACCUUUGAAUUUAAGAGAAUCUAAAUUUGUAGCUUUAGUAUCUACCAAUACAAUUAUAAAUAUGAGUAAUGCAGGUAUGAAUCCAACUACAUCUGAAUAUUGGUUAUCAAAGAGAUCAGAAGCAGGUAGCCCAGAAGAUUUUGUUAUUUUGAAAUGGUAAUUUUCUGUACCUUAAAUUGUUUAAGUAUUUGUUGGUAAUAAAGUCAUAUAACCUGGAUUGACUACACAUUCUAAACAUCAUGAUUUAAUGACUAUGACUGAUUAAUGUGGAGCAAAUAAUUACUAUUUUGAAAACAGAACUAUUCAUUUUGUAGUCAAUGCAAAACUUGGAUGCAAAGUUAAGAUUUCACUUAAGAAUACAUUAUAAGUAUCAACAAGAUUAGAAAUAACAACAAAUGAAUUCUUUGGUGAUAAAUUCUUGCAAUAUGCAAAAGCUUAAUUAGGUGGAGAUCCUUAUAAUUACUUUAUCAUUGGAACUAAGAAAUCAACUAGAAGAUUCUUGGAUGAAACUAUUGUAUAAUAAAUUACUGUAGAUUGGGGAAUAGUUGAUAGUGCUGAUAUUGGAACAGAUGACUCUGUUAAUUCAUAGUCGGUUCUAUCAGAAUUAGCAAGUAGAUUAGAAUCUUUUAAUCCUCCUCCUGAAAUUGGUACAGUUUUAGAAUAAUCAACUACUAUCACUGCUAUAAGCAAAUUAAAUUUCCCAAGUACUGAAGCUACAUCAGGUAUUUUAUUAAUUAUUAUUUUAUUAGUUACUCCUACAUCUCCAAGUGAUGGUACCAACACAAACAAUGGUAGCAAUAAUAAUAAUGGAAAUAGUGGCAAUAAUAAUGGUAAUAAUGGUAACUCUGGAUAGACAGGUGGAAAUAAUAAUAAUAAUAAUAAUAAUUAAUCUGAUGAUUCAGAAAUUAUAUUGACUACUGAUGAAGGUGUUAAUUAAUAAGAAGUUAGUGAUAAUACCAAUAAUAGUACAGCACCAGGAUCUAUUUAAAAAUCUAUCAAAAAGAGUGAAUCUUCAUCAUCCACUGUGGUCAUAGUUGUUUCAGUGAUAUGUUCUGUAAUAGGUGUUUCAAUCCUUAUCUCAGGAUUGUUAUAUUAUAAGAAGGUUAAAUUAGCUAAACUAAUGGCUGCUAGAGCUCAAAAGGUGGAUAAUGAAUUCUUCAAAGUAAACAUCACUGAAUAAUAACUACAACACUAAUAACAUAAUGAGUGA